AUGUCUACGUACCAGAACCUCGACGAUGCAAUAUGUCUUUUGGCAUUAAUCUCAGACUGUCCAACGGGCCGUGAAGAAUCAACACAAGAGACAGAAGCCAGAGAGGAUGAUAAAGAGUUACAAUCAUAUGCAAACGACGAGAAAUUUGACGACCUAGAAGAUCCAACUAUGCUUGGUACCGAUCCAGGACAUGAACAAUACCGCGUCGAACUUAAGAACCAAUUCCUCGACCGACUUGCCGAAACACUAGCUCGCUUCAAAACUGAUCCCAAGUCCAAAACAUCGAAUGAUGCAAAACAUGUUUCUGCGGCUAUGAUGGUCUGCUAUGAAUACGAAGAGCGCGUCAAGAUAUUUUGCGCUAAGAAUGAGGGGCUUGAGAAGGAAGAUGAUGACUUUCUGGCUAGCUGGAAGUUAUGUAUGGAAAGUAUCGCGAGGAAAGGGUAUGCCUCAGAUGAGGAUACAUUUGCCAUGUUCAACCUCGUCGCAGACCAUCAGUGGCCACGGAUCACAACCUAUCUCAAGUCCCUGAAGCGGGUUUUUCAAUCUAACAUAAAUUCUGCCUCAGUCAAGAGUAUGCCAAAGCUCUCUCUGUUAGCACAGCAAGUCUCGAUAAUGCCAUCUUUACGGAGUCGAGAGUGGGAGGAGGACAAUGGUUUUUUAUUCGCCAUACCGCUACACUAUUCCGCACCAGCAAACCGGUCCGCGCCGGCGGAUGAGUUAACCAACGCAAAAUCAAACACUACUUGCACUGGUGAGACACUAUCCAAUAUCCAAGGUAGCGUUUCCGAGCUUUUCGAGAAAAUUCGCCGUCUCUGCCAACCUAAUACUACAUCAGAAGAUGAGACAAGUCUACUGAAGGAAGUCAUGAGUCACAUGUUUGAUCUCUGGAGAGAGCCCCGGGCUCGAUUCAUGCUGAAGACAGCCUUAAGAAGAGAGUUUAUUCAGCAAAAGGAGAGAGAGGCUUUGCUGUUUCUAGGUAGAGUCUGCUACGCUGCAUAUAUCUACGUCGAGAUUGCGAAGGUUUCUCGAUCCUUUCAGUCUAUCGAGAUCGUGUCUGUUUCGCAUACCGAAAGUCAAGGUCGGGGCAGAACCCAACGCCGACAUAAGAAAACACAGCGACAUACAGCUGGAGAUGAAUACGCAAAUAUCCUAGCUGUCAUCAAAGCUCUAGGUCUCACUUUUAAUCCUAGCUGGAAAUUUUAUCUUGCCAAGAAUGCGGCGCGGUUCCCUGGGUUGCGCAAAUCAAAAGGAGAUAAAGAAUUUCACCAUGCAGAAACUCAACUUCUAGCUUAUUUUGAGUACUCGAUGUCGCCAGACGAUAGAAACCAGUCACACAAAUACAUCGGGUGUAGUAGACGCUGCUGUUGGCUAUGUUAUGCACUCCUUCGUGCUCACGAGUAUUUUGGGGUGCGAGGAACACAUGAGACAUUGCUAUAUAGAUGGAACGUGCCCAUACCCUCCACGACUGGGUCAGGCAGCUUACCGACCCAACUCGACUUGGCCAUGGAACGUUUACUCAUGGAACUAAAAGUCUCUCUCCAGACUUUGUUCAAUAGCCCGGGAAGGAAGAAUGUUGAUCUCAAGGCACAGUCCUCGCAUGCACUUUCCUCGACCGGGGCUAUAUGGCAGCGGGAGCCCGAAUAUCACAAUACAUCUUACCGAGGUUUCCAGCACUUGAUGAUGAUGCCCACGGCCUUCGAUAAUGGCUUGCUUAUUGCACCGAUUCAUGAUAAGCCGGGUCUGUAUCAAUCGGGCUCCUUCGAUAUCCCCAAUCAUGACGGACAGUACCUUUACCAGGGUUGGGCCAUACAAGAGCUGGAGAACGUUUUUUCCAUUGAAACUCUUCUCCGAGACUUCAACAAUAUUCCCAAUAUUGGUGACCCGGAGUGGGUCAGAUUCGGCUUCUGCUAUUGCACAAGCAGGACCCAGAUGGAACUCCUUGCAAAGGCUUAUAUCCAGCUUACCGCCCAUGCAUCACUCAGUGAAAUAGCAACAGCAUGGAAGUCAAAUACUUUACUUGAUAUUAUGAAAGCUAAAGGCAUUGGGAUAUCAGCUCUCGUUUCUGAAGGAAUCUAUCCCCGUCAACCUUCGCCGGAAACAAUCGGCAUUUACCGCUUCAUGUCAGAGGUCUCGCACGGUCUCAGUGGGUGUCCAAGUUGCUCAUGCAAGAACGCCAGAUGCAAAUUCCACUCAAAAGAUGAGCCUUUACUCUGCAAACAAUCCGAGGUCGACUACGGGUUUCAUUCAAUCAAUACGUAUGAGCGCUGGCGACUGUUAAACUUUUAUUCUGAUCUCUUCGCAAAUCCGAAGUUCAAUCCGCAGAAGAUGCAAGAAGCAACGCGACAUCCAGAUGUACAUGCACUCGAAACAUACAUCGAAUCCUUGAUCCCAGAGUUUCGCCGCAUAACCUGGAAUGAACACAUGACGGAUGGAAUGUUUCCUAAAAUUAACUCUCGAUUGAAAUUCCAGGGUGGUUAUCCGUCUUGCGAAUGUUUUAUUCAUAAGAUCCCUGUCUCUGAAGGAGUGGAAUGUAACGUGAAUAUCGAAAUUGAUUGGCUCCGCGCACAAUAUGAGGAGAGAAGUAGAGAGCAGAUUACUCAAUCAUAA